AUGGCUUCUCAAAAUUUACAAAUGAGUGAUUGGUCAACAACAGAAACUUAUCCGUCUCAUCAUCAAGGUUUGUCAAAAGGAACAAAUGAGAGUAGAAUCGUUUCGAAUGAUGCUUGGGUUGUCGAUGCUAAUCAACAUCAUUCAAAUGAUCAGAGCAACAAAAGAUGGAUAUUAUCAAGCAAACUAUCAGAAUACUGUACAUCAUUAUCACCAUUCUUACAUGGUCUAGUAUUAGGUGUAGUCGUUGGUGGUUUAA